CACAAGCCUCCGCGGCCCAAGCAGGAAGAACGUUCUCUCGCAGGGGCUCACACUGAUCCAAGUUAGGAGCUUUCAGCUGCCAGCCUUGGCCCAUCAUGUAAGUGCUGCGGAGAAUUCUUUGCAGUGCAUUUGCAGAAUUACCUGAUUUCCCGACGGCCGUGCAUCCGUCCCGGCGCCCUGCGCACGGACGCGCACGCUUCGGACGCGAAAAGGCUCCAAGUGCAUGAAGAUCGAGGCUUGUGUUUUUGCAUCUUUGUUGCAGAAAGCGAGCCGCUGAAGCUCCAGUGCGAGGGCGAUGGAGGGAGGGAGUGAGAAAGAAGGCAAAGUCUUUUGUGCUUCCCCUCCCCCUCAUCAAAGCAAAGGGGAAAUGUCUCAGCCGAAGGGAGGUAAGAGGAAGCGGGUGCUCAAGCUCCCCAAGGAGGCGUUUGAGCAGGCUACCAGUACCAGCUCAGUACCCCCCAGAGAUUUGGAUUCGAAAGCUUGUGUAACAAUCGGAGAGAAGAAUUUCGAGGUGAAGGCAGAUGACCUGGAGCAGAUCUCCGAGCUCGGCAGAGGAGCGUACGGCGUGGUGGACAAGAUGAGACACGUGCCGAGUGGCCUGAUCAUGGCUGUUAAGCGGAUUCGUGCCACGGUGAACACUCAGGAGCAGAAGAGGCUGCUCAUGGAUCUGGACAUCUCCAUGAGGACGGUGGACUGCUUUUACACCGUCACCUUCUACGGGGCACUAUUCAGAGAGGGCGACGUGUGGAUCUGCAUGGAGCUGAUGGACACCUCCCUCGACAAGUUCUACAAGCAGGUGAUUGAGAAGGGCCUGACCAUCCCCGAGGACAUCCUGGGAAAGAUCGCUGUCUCAAUAGUAAAAGCUCUGGAGCAUCUCCACAGCAAUCUGCAAGUCAUACACAGAGAUGUGAAACCCUCCAACGUCCUGAUCAACACUCAGGGCCAAGUGAAGAUGUGCGACUUUGGCAUCAGCGGCUACCUGGUGGACUCUGUGGCUAAAACCAUGGACGCUGGCUGCAAACCCUACAUGGCGCCGGAGAGGAUCAAUCCCGAGACCAACCAGAAAGGCUACAACGUCAAGUCGGACAUCUGGAGUUUAGGAAUCACGAUGAUCGAGCUCGCCAUCCUGCGCUUCCCGUACGACUCGUGGGGGACACCUUUCCAGCAGCUGAAGCAGGUGGUGGAAGAGCCUUCGCCCCAGCUUCCCGCUGACCAGUUCUCCCCUGAGUUUGUGGACUUCACCUCUCAGUGCUUAAAGAAAGUUUCCAAAGAGCGGCCGACUUACACAGAACUCAUGCAACAUCUCUUCUUCACCUCCCACGAGGCCAAAGAAACCGACGUGGCUAGCUUUGUGAAAGUCAUCUUGGGAGACUGAGUGCACUGGAGGGAGGGGGGGGAUCUGUUAAAAAAGAGGAAAAAAAAAAAAAAUCCAAGAAAAAGCACCAAUCGCAGCUCCCCCCCCAUCCCAUUUACCCGCAGGACUCCCUCUCACCCCUCCCUCCAGUGGCAGACAAACGGAGCCCAGAGGAGCCGCUGACGAAGCAGAACGAGGAGUCUGUCCCCGCCCCCCACCUGGCCUCAGCCCCCCCUCUGUGCAUCACCUGGCACGUUGGGAGGAAUUUGGGAGACGGGAGCCUCACACAAAAUCUGGAGUAAUUUAUGAUGUGUGUAUGCAAAGUCUCCCCCUUUGAUUCGAUUUGCCCCGCCGCCGUGCUCCUCCUCGAGCGCUGUUGUUAGCGCGCUGACUCUGUGGCCUCCACAAGGGUCGAGUCAUAGUUUCUUUUUGCUGAAAAGCAGAAGCGAGAAGAUGUGCAGAUUAUAUAAAAAAGAAGAAUGAUAUAAUCUAUCUGUGUAUAAUCUAAAUGUUUGCAUACUCGAAGCAAGUGUUGCAUCAGAUUAUUAAUUGACUGCAUGUACAGAAUAUCUCUCUGGGUAAAAACGGGCUCAUGUGGCCAGUGAGGAACGGAGAGUCCGAUUGUUGACUUCAGGGGCUCCCCCCGGUGGUCACAAAGAGGUACUGCACUUACACUGCUUUCCCCCCUGAUUACAGUGGAGGUCAACUACACGUUUUGGGCUCUUGGCUGCCUGUGAGCGUGAAUGUGUGUGAGCUCGUGCAUGACGUGUGUGUGGGGGGGGCAUGUUGACAGAGCUGCACGGCUCCAGAUGCAAGUAAAAACGCAGUUUUCGUGCUCCGCAAAUUUUUUUAUGGAUUUUCUGCAGCCUCGCUGUGCCUGUAAGAGCUCAACAGGCAGGCUACACUCUUAGGUUGCUUUAACAGUACAGGCGGCUGUGCAUCUGCACGUCAUGUUCAAAUGUGAAGCACGUAAUAAAGAGCUUUAUUUUAAAACUAGUUAGUACGGUAGUCGGGUACAAGUAUAGACUGUAUAUUAAAGAUGGAAAUGGCCACCAUGACGCCACCGUGUCAGCAACCUUCUGUAAUUUGAAAGGUGUCUAAAUAAAUUGUGAAGUUGUGCUUUUUGGUGUGACUGUGCCCAUGUGGUCGGGGUGUCAGCAAACUCAACGAUGACUGCUGGUUUCAAACACGCCCAUUUAUUUUUAAUGUAUUUUUAAUUUGACCCCCCCCCCCAAAAAAAAACCCCAAACAAAAGAUGUGAGAACAAUGAAAGUUCAGAAUAGGGAUCAAAUUUUUACACUUUACUGUAAUAUUGUAAAGUAAUGUAGCCAAACACACCAAAUUCCAAUAGAUUCCAAUAGGUAUGAGAUUCUGAGGUCCAGCAGCUUUGGCUGGUUUGAAGCCACUGACUGCUCCGUCCCUGAUCGGCCCUGCGUGAAGCUGAAUCGCAGAUCUUUGAGACAAAGCCGGAGCCGAGUCGCAGCCGUGCAGCUUCGUGUCGCUCACACACACUGGGGUGUGUGUUUGCGUGUGCGUGUGGACUGUGUGGGGGAAGAUUUUCUCCUUGUUGUCUGUACUGAGCCAAUCACAACCCUCUCCACUCACCAUGAAAAGAACUGGAUACUAUUGCUAUUAUUAUUAUUAUUAAUAUUAAUUAUUGUUAUUAUUUAGAUCCAGGUUUUUUCUCCCCCCUUCGACAUACUUACUGCAGUUUCUCUUAUUUAUUAUAACUGCUGUUUUCCCUUUGGAAACUUGACCGAACCAUUCGAGACUCUUCUCAUGUGUUUGUGUGAGCUGUGUAUGGUUUUUGUUUUUCUUUGUUUUUUUGGUCGUGUUCUUCUUGGCUCAAACACGUGAAAUGCUUUUAAUCUGUAACUUGCAAGCCUUCUGUGUGCCUCUAUAUAGAAACCGUCUAAGGAAAAUGACAUGUUAAGAAUGAUGCAGGGAUCCGCUCCCUCCCUCCUCACACGCUGCAUGGCAUCAUAAUCCCACGUUGUGUUCCUUGUUGUACUGUAGUUCAUGCUCGAUUGUCUGUGUUUUAUGUUUUUAUGCUUGUGUUCAUGUCUCUCGUUGCCUUUGUUCUUGGCUUCUUUCUCGCAGUGAUUUCUGUGGAGGCCGAGCUGAUGCCUUCUAGAUUUCAUGUAAGAAUUACUCUGAUGUCAAAACGGGAAACUUGAAGUGUUUUAAGUGGCAGAGCGGCGAGGCUUUGUCCUGGUUUGAGGAUUUACAUCAUCUUCACGCCUUUUAAACAUUAUAUUGCUGAAUUAUCACGUAGUUUCUAAUUUUGACUUUUGGGGCCUUAAACUGUGGCAAAAACUGAACCAAAAACACUUCUAAUCUGUUCUGACGACCAAAUGAACUGACAGGACUUUUAGCCCCGACUCUGCUCGACGUUACAGCAUCGAUAAAUCGUCACUAUACAACCACAAACCCUAAAACUCGGUGGUCCACCUUCAGUCGAUUUAGCUGUUAGGGUUGCUGUUAAACUCUGGACAUCAGCACCAUUUAAAGCUGUAUCUAUUCCUGUUUUAGGCAGUCACAACAAAAGGCUUUUCCCCCAGACACUCAUGUCUGCCAACACUCCCUCAGGCGUGGUCUGAUUUUGCUGCUAAUAUCGGAACAGAUCCGGUAUACACACCUGCAAACACAAACAAUCUCAGCCGUAACCAGAGCUAACUGAGAGAAAACACAAACUCCAUUUAACAAACUGGAAGGAGAUGACAAUGCUCCUAAUUCUUCGUUACCACGUCCAUAAAGAAGACUUCAGUUUUCCAUUCCAGCGUUCCUGUCUCCAGGAUCAUACUGUGCACGCAUCCGUCCGGGUCUCAGAUAUUGAAACACAGAAGUGAGACGUGCAGCAGCGAAACAGACACACACCCCUCCCUGAACCCGAUUAAAGCUGACUUAGGACCCAGUUGGACUUGAUGCCUCAUUGUGUAGAGGCUUCAAACACACAGGAAAUGUAGUCGGAAUAAACAAACCUGUGUGGCACUGGGCCUUUACCCGACUAGCUGUCCUCCCUGAAGUUCAAGAACAUGUUAAACUCAUAGAAGACGUCUGAAUAAUGAUGAGCUUUGAUUAAGAAGUCAGAGGACACGUUUCCUCCUCAACACUUCAGCUUACUCGGAUCUUCCUCCUGGGAGGCAGCGCUGCUCCAACAUGCUACCUCAGCGUGCGGGUACAACACCUUUGAUUUUCCGGAAAUUAGUCACCACGGACUCCAACACAGUGAUCCGGAACGCUGUGAGACCCAUGUGGGUGUCUGAUCGAACCGUCUCGUAACCAAGUGAACAGCAGAAACGUUGGCGCCCAUCAACCUUUCGCUAUUGAACUAAACUGAAGUCGAUGCAGAGCUUAGACAUGUUUGAGAUUUCUAACGGACUUUAAACUCAUGGAUUCAUGGUUGGAAAAAAUGUGUUUUUAGCUUUUAUUUUUUGUCAACCAGGACAUUUUUACGACUGAGCAACCACAUUUACCCCGAAAACAUCAUCUGUGGACAUCUGGGGCUCUAUUUAAAAGAAAUAAUGUUCUCUCUGCUGUUUUGCCAGCCUCCAAAACAAAGUCUCCUGCCCUCAGUCGAGUACAGUCCGCUCUGUCAUGUUAUCAGGGAAGUUUCCUGUUUUGAUGCAGAGUAAAAACCUUCCUUUCACCCUAUAACCUGUUCCCCGUUGGGCUCCAGUCCCACAACCUUUGGCUUAGAUAAUUCCUUGAAGUACUGCGAACACGCCCAUGCCCGCCUUGCAAAGCUUCCUUAUUUUUCUUUAUAAAGCUCUCACCGUCCUCUAUUUUUCAUCUAUAGUUCUCAUUUUCUGACUUCACCAACUGUUUCUCUGUGGUGAAGUUGAAUGUGAGGACUGGUGGCAGACAGAAGUCACCGCGGUGAGGACAUUUAAGGGCUUCCUCAUUAGUGCAUUUCUGUACCGAAGAUGGAAAUAUACUGGAGAGACUUUUAAUUGCCCCUAGUGUUUUUAGUCCAUGAUGAAAUUAACAAAAUUCAAGUCACACUUUUUGGAAGCAGAGCGAAAUUAUCUGUCACAGGUCGAGCCUCGAGAAUCUUUUUUUUCCAUUAGGUUAAUCACCAUUUUUCACUAACUUAGCAAAUGUGACCAAAGAGCUGGAGCCAGGCUUAGGGGGCCGGGAAAGGUAGUCGGACUCGUCAUGGCACGCGUGGACUCGGAGCAGUGGAUUUAGGUUUAUGUGGUGUUUGUAGGUGUUUUAAGUGCCUAACAGUACAUUUCUGUGGUGUACAUUUACAUUGAAACACUUGUCUGUCUUCGUGAUUGAUGCUUAAACACUGUUUUGGUCCUUCAGUUCCUGUCCUGGACCCACUGACACUGCAAUUUGCUGUGAUGUUUUGCACUGUACCGAGGAGUCAUAUCACAUUGUCACAUUUACGAGUGUGUUACUGUAAGGAAGCAGUCAUUCAGUCGAUGAAGGGUUGCCCUCUGUGUGGUCAUUUUCCAUCUUUUUCUUUUUUUGAGAGAGAGAGAGAGAGUUUGGAGUUAGAGGCUCUGACUUUUAUUUAACUGAAAUUGUGAUACUGUAAAAAUUCUCAAAUAAUACCAAGAUUUUCUUCAACUGCUCAGUUUGUUUUUGCUGCUGUUUGCACUGGUCAGCCAUGCUUAGUCUGUACAGCUGUCAACAUCAACGAUGAAGGGUGACACUGACCCGACGAAAACCUGUUACAGAGCAAAGGCUUUUAUUGUGAAAAACCUUUUUGCAAAAGCCGAUCACGUUUGGUUAUCAUGUUACAGGUUCGCAGCCUUCUAGUGAUUCUUGCCCACAAAUAUAAAUCAGUGGAAACAUUUAGUGCCACCGUGGAAACGAAACCAAAACCCUUUAGUGUAAAUUUAGUGUAAACCCUUUAGUCUAAAUAAAAAUGAGCCAUUUUCACACAAGCUCUGCAGGCUGCAAGGAUGCAAACGUAAACCUGAAGCCUCAGUCUCAUUUAUGACCCUGUUUUUACACAGGACUGAUUUUGUAUUGCACUAAUUUUGUUUAUCAUACCUGACCUGUUUCAUUUAUCUAUGAAAGGUUUUUAAAUGAUUCUGAUGUCUUUUUGUCUUUGAUGCAGACAAAGGCCACACAGCUAUUUCACUCUGACUUUUGGCCUCAAGUAUUUGCUUCAAGCCUUACGCAGCAGUAAAUCACAGCGCUCGUUCUGUUAGCGCUGAUUCACCACAAACAUCACAAUGUAGUCGUUAAACUCAUUGCUCCACCACGAGGCCAAUUCCUCUAAACGACACUCUGUAGGAGAAGAGGUUUAAAAAGAUGUGGCAGCAUCUUUUUAAACCGGCCGGGGUUAUUAAUGAGGUCACUCAGUCACCUGAAGGUUAAACAGAGUUUACUGUGAGUGUAGAGCUGACUAACUGCUGAUUGGGUGUCAGAAGACAGGCAGCUUCCUGUUGUCUGCUCGGUGCGAGGGCAGCCUCGGCCAGCGUCCUGACCUGCGUUCACGUGUGAAAAUGGCUUCACUCGGCGUGACCGAACGCCUGCCGAGAGCUUGUACAACUUUAAGUGUGGGGAAAAUUUAAGUUUAUGGUUUCAGUUCAGAGGAGAUUAAAUUAAAUAUUUUAUAGUUGCCACUGUUUGUACAAUAUGAAGCCAUAAAAGUCCGAAUUAUGACAUUCCUGGAAAAUCUUUUUGGAUCGCACGCCGCUUCCCAAACAUGUCCACACAAUGUGCACAUGGUAAAUUGCAUUUUUUUUGUAGUUUCACAAAUUUUUUCCACAAAAUAAUUCCGAAAAAAAUCUUAAGAUUUGUGUUGAAGAAAUCAUUUGAAUUGUGUAAUUUUGCUUGUUCUGCCAAAACACAAGAAUAUAUAAUGUAUGCAGCUCACUAAUGGGACACGUGCUACUGAAAUACAGACAGAAGCACGAGACUGACUUUAUGUGGUUGCUGUUCAGUUUGUGCAUCAAGUUCUUCAUAACUUAAAGCUACUUUAGUUUCUCUUACACUGAAAAGAAGCAUUUUAUUAAAUUAUAUAUUUGGGUUUCCACGAAGGACAGUUGUACAGACGACACACACACACACACUAAUGAGAAACACAGCAGGUUUUGUCUGAGACCCUUCUAACUCCACGCAACUCUUUGUUUCCUCUGCUCAGCGCUGACAUUUCUGGUCCACAGUUGAUUCAUGUUCACUUCUCAAUAGGCUGUAAUGAGAAAAGAGUCGAGUCUAAUCACACGUCACAUGGGAUUUUCCUCUGUGUGUGUGUGUGUGUGUGCACAUUUGUCUAUCCAUCGGUGUGCUGGCCAGAGAACUCUGCUAUCUUUACUCUGCUCUUCCUCUUUGGGAAGAUGCUGCCAAAUAAAACAGUCAUCAUGCUUCUCCUCCUUCGUCAGAGCUGCACCCAGAGAACGGUUUUCCUUUUUGUUUCAGUGCUGCCUGCCUGCCUGCACGUGGGAAUUCCCAUCCAUGAGUCUAUUUGUGACCCGCUCUCACCUGCUGAGUAAACCUCGGUCGCUGUGGGUCAGCAAGGGUAGGAUGUCCGAGUGGAAACUGUCCUUAGUGAGCAAUCUGUUUUCACAUCCCACCACAAUUCACCCUCUUAACCUCCAAGUUCAUCUGUGCAGCAUCCAACAGCAGGCAUCCGUUAAAUCCAGUAGACGAUUGUUCUUUACUGGAACGUCACGCAUUUAUUUAUUUCUUCUUUUUUUGAUUUUGAAUGUCAGACAGAGAAUCAGGAAAUUUUGCUCACCUUCUUCCUCGUCCUCCAAAUGCGUCAGCAGAUGAAUGAAAUACAUCAAAAAGCCUGCUUUGUGUGGGAGGCUCCUCCAGGCCUUUGGACGUGCGUUUGGCCGGAUUAUAUCGAGUGUAAA